GCGGCGGAGCGCAGAGAUGGCGGCGGUGACCAGAGGCUCUCUCGGCGCGUUCAGGCGGCUGCUGCUGAGUCAGCAGAGCCGCAGAUGUUUCCAGCUGCAGAGCUUCAGAUGUGACAGGACUCUGCAGCCAAUAACCUUCAGGUGUGACAGGAAGCUCCAGGUGUUCAGCUGCAGAGGGCUGCAUGUCGCUCUGGUGAAUCAAGGACCUAUCGUGCAGUUCAAACUGUCUGACAUCGGUGAGGGAAUCAUGGAGGUGACCGUCAAGGAGUGGUACGUAAAGGAAGGAGACAAAGUGUCUCAGUUUGACAGCAUCUGUGAGGUUCAGAGCGACAAGGCAUCGGUCACCAUUACCAGCCGCUACGAUGGGGUCAUCAAAAAGCUCUACUACGAUGUAGAUGCCACGGCCUUUGUGGGAAAACCGCUGGUGGAUAUCGAGACAGAGUCUGGCUCAGAGGUGAUCCAGGAGGAGGACGUGGUAGAGACGCCUGCCAUGGCUCGAGAAGAACACACCCACCAGGAGAUCAAAGGUCACAAGACACAGGCCACCCCUGCAGUCAGACGCCUCGCCAUGGAGAACAAUAUAAAGCUCAGUGAGGUGGUGGGGACUGGCAAAGAUGGGCGGAUCCUGAAGGAGGACAUCCUGAACUUCCUGGCGAAGCAAACAGGAGCCAUCUUGCCUCCGACACCUUUCCAGGAGAUCCAGACUCCGCCCCCGGCCCCUGCUGCUGCUCCUGCUGCUGCCAAGCCUGUGAGCACUAAGGCGGCUGUGAAACCUCCACCUGCUACUCCUAAACCUGUCUUCACUGGCAAGGACGUGACUGAGCCCCUCAAAGGUUUCCAGAAAGCGAUGGUGAAGACGAUGACUGUGGCACUGAAGAUUCCUCACUUCGGUUACUGUGACGAGGUUGAUCUGAGUCGCCUGGUGGCUUUGAGGUCAGAGCUGAAACCUCUCGCCGAGAGUCGUGGCGUCAGACUGAGCUACAUGCCCUUCUUCAUCAAGGCUGCCUCCCUCGGUCUCCACCACUUCCCGAUCCUCAACGCCUCGGUGGAUGAGGACUGCCAGAACAUCACCUACAAGGCGUCCCACAACAUCGGCCUGGCAAUGGACACGAGUCAGGGUCUGCUGGUUCCCAACGUGAAGAAUGUCCAGCUGCUCAGCGUGUUCGAGAUUGCCCUUGAGUUGAACCGCCUACAGGUGCUCGGAGUAUCGGGUCAGCUGGGCACUGCCGACCUGAUGGGGGGCACUUUCACGUUGUCCAACAUUGGAUCUAUCGGAGGCACGUACGCCAAGCCCGUGAUCCUCCCACCUGAGGUCGCCAUCGGAGCGCUAGGAAAGAUCCAGGUGCUGCCGAGGUUCGACGCUGCCGGUCAGGUGGUCCGUGCUCACAUCAUGAAGGUCAGUUGGUCAGCAGAUCACCGCAUUAUCGACGGCGCCACCAUGUGUCGCUUCUCCAACCUGUGGAGGGAGUACCUGGAGAACCCGGCCAGCAUGGUGCUGGACCUCAAAUAAACAGUUUCCCAAUCAGCCCCGGGGAGGGCGGGACACCACGCUAACAGACCUCGCUGCUCCGCCUCCUUCUCCUCUCCCUGCCUUCACUUCCUGUUUCUGUUUGAGGCCUUAAUACCAACUGUCAUUUCCUUGUUGCCUUUAAGCAAGGCACUGUGAGGAGAGGAGAAGGGGUCAGCCUAUCAGAGGGCACACACACACAGUGUGAACUGCGGUCAUGAUUGUGGGUUCUGCAGGUCCAGUCUGGUGGAAAUGACCAGAAACAGGAAGUGAGUUCCUGCCGAGUUCCUGUUCCUGCUCUGGAGCCUCAGGAAAUAAAUCGAGACAAUUCGCCCUUUUUUUUUUUUUUUUUUUAAAUUAAUGCAGUCUACAGUGUUUUAAUGCAUUAAAAUCACAGACUGUAUAUAAAAGAUGGCUACCAUGCUAUCACCCAGUGGUUAGUGACACCUUAAAUUGGGUUUUUAACGAUCACCAUCAUUCACAUGAAGCCCCGCCCUAUAUCCUUACCUGCUUCCUGCUCCUUUGCUACUCUAAUUAGACCAUCUCCUCCGAAAUUAACUUCCUGUUUUCUUCACCAAAACACACCAGGACCGUGAGCUGAGAGAUCAUACUCUCAUAGACCUGCUGCAUGUUAGAGAGAAUACAGGUUUGAAUUCUCUGUCCAUCUUUUAUAUACAGUCAGACGCUGCAGAGCAGUUGUUGUCAGGUGUCCAGGUGAGAUGCUCAAGUCUGAGAUGAGCUGGAAGAUGAGACAUGCUCCUGUAGCUGCACAGUGAGCGUGUCAGAUGGUUUCACUCAGAGUCAAGACCAGAUUUCAAAAAAACUCUUGUGAUCGUGAUGUCAUCCACGGAAUAUCACCUGCAGACACCUGAUGUCCUGUCACUGUAAUAUAAUAAUAUUUAUUUUCACUCUGUCUAAAUUUCCUCUGCCGAGGCCCAGUUUUAACACGGGCUGUUCCAUCUUGCCCACACGAAGCCCGACCCACCGGGUUCAGGUUAAACCUGCAGACUGCGUCCGCACGUAUGUUUACCCUCGGAGGAGGUGACUCGAUGGUUUGUAGCUGCCCUGAAACUAAAAUCCUGAGCAUUAAACUCCACAUAUUCAUGUAUUGUGAAGUCAUGUGACCAACCGUGAUCAAAGCAAAUGUUGCUGGAUCGGAUCGUGCUCGUGUCAGUCGGAACAGACAGACGAACUCCUUGCUGUUCUCAAUCCGUGGAUCCAGGUAGUCAUUAUUUUUCACAUGAACGCAGUUUGAAACAAAUGCAGGCCCUGUCGUUCGGAUGGUGAUGGCGGUUUUCUCUGCUGCUGAGCAAUCCGUGGUGUGCUCACAUCAUCGUGGCAGUUUGUGAGCAGUGCCAUGGUGUUUAUAGUUUGUUUUGUCAAUCUGUUCCUGUUUCAUCUUAAAAUCCUCCUCACAGUCCCGCUCAUGAGCCUUGACCACGUUUGAAUUGUGACCAGUGCAGGAAACUGUUGGUAUCAUGCAAGCGCACAAAUGGGAAUGACAGUUUUUAGCAGUGGGGGGGGGGAGAGCUGCUGCUGUGAAGCUCUUCCUGUUGACCUGACUCCGUUAUUUUUGCUCGUCGUAUUUAUUAGUGACUGUUACUGCAGACCGCACUGAGAGUCUGCCAGCUGUUAAACUCCAUCUUCUCAGCAUCUGGAGCUUGGACACAGCCGAUAAUCUGAGAUUAGAGCUGAAAUUCAGGAUUAAGGUUAGUUUUAAAUGUAAAUGGUGUUAUGUGGGAUUUUCUUUGCCCUCCCCCUGCACAGCUUCACACUGCACUGGAUCUUUUAUUUUAAAAGUUCUUUGUGCUUUCAAAAAUAGUAAGAAUUUCUUUUGUUAUAUCAGCUUUAUAAGGUUGAAUUAGGUUAAAUUCUCUCGGUAACGCCAGUCCGGACCUUCAUUAUGUGUCUCGGGCAGAAGCACACCGACUCUGGACGUCAGAGCAGGAAGCUGGUCUCAGUUAAACCUCUGUUAUAAACCGAUAACUAUAGCUGAGGUGAUGGAGCCAUGAUGUAGCGCUGCAGAGCUGUAGGUCGGUCCUCCUGGACUUCCUCGCUGUCCUGGUGGCUGCUGGGUAAAGAGCACGGUGUCGGGUUAUGUUGGUGUCACGUCGUCUUCUUUUUGUUUGCGUCGUCGGUUUUAGCGACAGAUGAAAUGUAAACGUGUAAAAAGUGUUUUGUAUGUUUGGGAGUUGGUCGGGUUUAAAAUGUGUGAAACUGAAUAAAACCUCUGAAUAAA